GUGCGCCACGGCGCGGCGAGUCACGCGGCCGCAGUGGAGGGGCUCGACUUGGCGGCGGUGCAGGAGCGGCUUCGCCAUGCCCAUCUGGCUUCGACUCUCAGGUGCCGCAAGCACGUCCAGCAUUUGCGCCUGAUCGACGCCGUGCCCGCCGCGGUGAUGCAGUGGGCCGAGGCAGCGGAGCAGCAGCUGAGGCCAGCUCUGCGCGGGCGGGGCAGAGAGCGCUGCGCCGCGCAAGCGACCGCGCGCAAGCUGCGGCGGCUUGGCCGCGCGCUGAUCGCCGACAGGGCGCAGCUCUUCCUGGAGAUCCGCUUCGGGAGCGGGGAGGUCGCCGCUCAUAUUCCCACGCGUGACGGCCACCGCGCGGGCUGGAUUCACGCCGACCUGUUCAUUUCGGCGCUGACGAG